AUUAAUUAAAAUAAUAAUAAUAAUAAUGAGUUAGGGCCGAAAGCCAACCUAUAAAGCUUUCGAAGAAAAUGUGAUUUGAUGGUUGCUGCUUCUGUCCAUCAAUGACGAUUUCCGGUCGUAGUAGGGAUGCUUGUCCUCCUAUGAUUAAGAAUCUCCUCCUUCUGGACUCUGAAGGAAGGCGUGUGGCGGUUAAGUAUUAUACAGAUGAAUGGCCUACUAAUGGUGCAAAGUUAGCUUUCGAAAGGUCCGUCUUUACUAAGACACACAAGACUAAUGCAAGGACUGAAGCUGAAAUAGUGAUGUUUGAGAAUAAUGUUGUGGUGUAUAAGUUCAUACAAGACUUGCAUUUCUUUGUAACCGGAGGUGAUUACGAAAAUGAAUUGGCUUUGGCCGCAGUCCUGCAGGGUUUUUCUGAUGCGGUUACCCUUCUCCUUAGGGGUAAUGUUGAUCAACGCGAGGCGCUUGAAAACUUAGAUACCAUCUUUUUAUGCCUUGAUGAGAUUGUCGAUGCAGGGAUGAUUCUUGAAACAGAUGGUAAUAUGAUUGCUGGAAAAGUAGCUACACAUAACUUGGAUGAUGGGGCUCCAUUGUCUGAACAGACGAUUACUCAAGCCUUAGCAACUGCUCGCGAACAUUUGACCAGAUCGCUUCUCAGAUAAGACAUAAGACGUGUUUUUUUUCUUUUCUUAUUUCCAUAUCUUUUGUUUCAGAAAGGAUUGGCGGCGCAGCUUGU